UAUUGGAAAAAAGAGCAGAAGCCAUGGUUCCAGUCUCCCACGGCAUCGAGCUGCCUUUUAACGAGAAUGACUCACAAGACAUGGUCAUUUUCCAAGUCCUCAACGAGGCUAACCAGGCCCUGUCCGUCAAUUCCUCACAGAGUCUAAACCAGAGAGGCCAGAACACCACGUCCAAGGCAAUUGAACCGGCCCGGACCAUUGGGAAGAAGCAUUACAGAGGCGUCCGGCGACGGCCGUGGGGGAAAUAUGCGGCGGAGAUUCGCGACUCCGCUAGACAGGGAGCGCGGGUGUGGCUUGGGACGUUCCAGACAGCAGAGGAAGCCGCGUUGGCUUAUGACAGGGCAGCUUUCAGGAUGCGCGGUGCCAAGGCUCUGCUCAAUUUUCCGGCUGAAGCUGUGGCUGCUUCUUCCUCCCUUCAGAUAUCAAACCCACAAUUGAGCUUGAUGAAAUCAGAGGAAAAUAAUACGGACUCUGGACCUGGUAGCUCAAUUAGCAGGGUUUCAUUUUCGACAUCACAGUCGGAGUCAGAGAGCAGCACGACUGGGGAGUCGCCGGAGAAUUAUCCGAUUACUUAAAUGUUAUUUUUUAUUUCUUAUCUCAUCCUAUCUAUAUGUCAUCAUCCUAUCUAUAUGUCAUAAGACUUGAAUUUAUAAUCUCUUAUUUUCCAUCUCUAUUUAGUUCAUUGGGAGAAUAAUAUUUGUUUUGAGAUAAUACUUUUCAUUUGUACAAAAGUGGUGUGGUUUAUAUUAUUAGUGAAAAAAAUAAUAAUAAAGAAUCUUGAACACU